GGUGUGGUAUAACAAUAGUAUAAAUUCAAGUAUGGGUUGGAUCUAUGAGGUUUUUGGUGGUGCUAUGUUUGUUAUUUUUUGUUUUCCAGUAUUUUAUCUAAGAGUUUGAUGCUGAUUUUGAAAAUUCUAUGUGUAUGUUAAUUAUUGAAAAUCAGCUAUAAUAUAGGUUUCCCCAAUGGAUAUAUUGAUUAUACCAGUGCAGUGUAAAUCUUUGUGUUUCUCAAGCUAUUUAAGCUAAAAUCAAUGCAAUUUUAUUAUCCAUUUUUAUUGGUUUUUUGUGUUAUAGAGUAUAAAUUAAAGUUUUUUGAGUUCCCUAAUUUUGAAAGGACUGGACUAUGUGAUAUCAAGAAGUUGCUACAAAUUUAUAAUUUAUACAUUUGAAACUUGUCUUAAAGAAUACUCUUCUCUGUAGGAAAUUUGGAGUAUACACAAAAGCUUUUGUAGCUGGACUUCCAAAAAUCAUUAACAAUGUCAUAUCUAGCUCAUCUCCUAGUGUUGUUAUCUACGAUUAAUUCACAAAACAAUCUUCAUUUGUUUGUCACACAUGAUUCAGAUCAUAGACAAAGCCUUUUAGAUUUUAAUCAUUUUGCCAACAGAUUAACUUAUACAAUACGGAUAGAUUAUUUAUGACAGAUAAUGAAGAUCAAUCUCAAAUAGAAAAUCCCAUCAGGAAGGUCAAGGAUUCAGCUAAGGAACAAAAUGAGCAUAACCUCUACGCAUUCACUUCCAAAGGAAAGUGAGGAAGAUAAUGCCUCUCAAAAUAUCAUAUAUGCUCUGUUUUAUUGUAGGAAAUAAAAAUGAUAUAUUUUGGGUUAUUCUUAUGUGAUACUAUUGCGGCUGGUAUUGAAGCUCGUGAUGGUUUUCUUAGCCGAUCCAAAUGAUAUCUUCUUGACAGAUGGAGCAAACCCUGCUGUGCAUAUGAUGAUGCAAUUACUGACAAGAUCAGAAAAUGAUAUCUUCUUGACAGAUGGAGCAAACCCUGCUGUGCAUAUGAUGAUGCAAUUACUGAUAAGAUCAGAAAAUGAUGGAUUUCUUUGUCCCAUUCCUCAGUACCCUUUAUACCCUGCUUCAAUUGAUCUCCAUGGUGGCACACUGGCUCCUUACUAUCUCAAUGAAGCAGCAGGAUGGGGAUUGAAAGUCUCUUCACUUAAGAAGCAAUUGGAGGCUGCCAAGUCCCAAGGCAUCAUAGUUAGGGCUUUAAAUGUUAUAAAUCCCAGAAACCCAACAGGUCAGGUUAUUGGUGAGGAGAACCAGCGUGACAUUGUGAAAUUCUGCAGGAAAGAAGGUCUUGUGCUACUGGCAAAUGAGAUCAACAAGACUAUUCUGGUGCUCAUACAUAUGAAAGGAUUGAUGCGGAGGGAUCUUUCCAUACUGAAUGGUUCAAGCUUGCCAAACAGUACAAAACAACUUGAUGGGAAUCUUCCAUCUGAACUUGAGGAGUUCCUGAACAACAAUCAAGGGGUUGAAAUGGUAGUAAAGUUGGGUAGAGAGAAUACUAAUUGUCAAGUGAUUCUGUUACAAAAGAUCAGGGGCCCUAUCCUUCAGCUGAAACCCAAGAAACAACAGUGCCUCGUGACACAGCUGAGUUGGAAAACGUGGAACCUUUGAAGGAUAGUGAGAACAAAGCAGGAAAAUGCAAACGCUAGAGUGAUCAAGUUGGUGUACAAAGCAUGGAAGUGUUAAAAGUAAGAGAUGCCCUCGAAGAAAGAUUGAAACAAGAGGGUAUCCUUAGUUCCAGAGCUUCAAGUCUGAUAAAGCCUAGAAACGUCUGAAGCCAGUUAAUGGAGACGACUUGUGAUGUAUGAUGAUUUUGAUGAUGAUGCUAUAGACGUGGGGGCUACUAGAUUCAGAAUGGUCAUCCAAAGUUCAUUGAGCACAAGUAAACUUUCCCAAAUUGUUUCUGCUAAAACAAAUAAGCCCAAGGUUUCCAAAUGCGCUUGGGGCUUUUAUUUAUCCAAUUUAUGGUCACGGGGAACUACCACAGGCUUUUUGCUGUCGUGCUGCUGUCAAAGGUUGCAUUCAUUUCUUAAUGCAAGGGAAAGUUGGUGGCUAUGCAUCAGUCUUUAAGAAGUACCAGGAGAAGGCAGAAUCCUUUAUGUGAGACUCUUUAAACAUUAGUACAUCCUUUUGCAUUGAAAUAGAAUAAUAUUAAGAUUAGGAUUUUGAUCAUGUAUGGUUCUUGUAUUGAUUCAUUUCUCUUCUUCUUCUUCCUUUUUUUUUCUCCUUUAUCUAGUUAAAAUACUAAGUUCCUUUAUGUUAAUAUGAAAAUGUCUACAUAAACUUCAAGAAUGAAGAAUUUAGUAACUUGGAAAGCUAAUUGAAUUUUGUUUUGAUAUU